UUUUUUUGUACAUAGAGAUAGAGCAACCCCGUACACGCUGCCUUUACUAUUCCUUGCUGAGAGAACAGCCCCAAUCCUCAGUUCCCUCUACACCAUUGCGACGCUCAACAGCUCCGAUCCAGCGACGACAUCCGCUUUAAGAUAUUUCUUCGACGUCAGCUGGAGCUGCUGGGGCUUUCCAAUUUUAUUUUGAGUUCAAGGCAACCACUUUUCUCUCUCUUCCUAUAGUUCGUGAUUCUUACAAGCUCAAAGUUAGAGUUAUGCAAUGAUUUGGAUUUUCAGAUUUUCUAAAUAGGGCUAAUUAAUUACAGUGUUGGUUUUGGUUUCUGGGGUUUUUUAUUUAGGCUGGAAGGGCUAAUUAAUUGUAAUAUUAUUUUGGGUUUUUGGGGUUUUCGAUUUUGAUUUUGGUUUGUGGGUUGUUGAUUAACCUGUGAGCGCGGCAAACAGGUACCCAUUGGAGAUAUUGAAUUGCUUUCUGAGCAAACUAAGAGAUGGCAAGUGAGGAAGAGAGUGCCGUGAAGGAGCCGUUGGAUCUGAUACGGCUCAGCCUCGACGAGCGCAUCUACGUCAAGCUCCGCUCCGACCGUGAGCUCCGCGGUAAACUCCAUGCUUAUGAUCAACACUUGAAUAUGAUUCUUGGUGAUGUUGAAGAAGUUGUUACUUCUGUAGAAAUUGAUGAUGAAACUUAUGAAGAGAUUGUCCGGACGAAAAAACGGACUGUUCCCUUUCUCUUUGUCAGAGGAGACGGGGUCAUCCUUGUUUCACCUCCCCUAAGAACAGCUUGAUUUAGUUACUUCUAUUGGGAAAUCAGUUGUUGGACAUUUAACAAAUCUCGCUCUCUGUUAUUCUACUUUUAAAUUUCUAAAUGAAUGAGAUUUUUUGAAUGGCAGUA